AUGGCUUCACGUAGCAUAGCAGAACCGGUUAUUAUUAGCGCUUUGUGCGAUUGCAGCCAUUUAAAACCAGUUAGCAGUGAAAUGGCACUCGAGGACUCAUCAGGAGUGACAGAAGGUGGUGGUGGUGGUGGAGGAGGAGGAGGAGGAGGAGGAGGAGCAAGUGGUCUGCCACCAGGGGUCAGGCCACGCCCACAGGUGCCACCGAAACCGCCCAUCGACACGCUUAGAUACAGCAUGAACAAUAUUAAAGAACGAACAAACACCCACGCACACGCAUCAUCAUCAUCAUCAACGACGACAACUAUCAAAUCAUCCGAGCUCUAUGAUUUAUUGAACAAAAUGCUUGCAUAUCGACAAUAUAAAUUACAAAGAGAAUCAGCAGAUUGGCAAUUGGACGCUCUACUGGAGGAGCUGUCCGCAUUGGAAACACAAUUGAAUUCAACAAGCGGCGGUGACCAACUCCUCCUGGGUAUUCCAUCGUUACCAUCCGGAUCAUCAUCAUCAUCAACAACAACAACAACAACAACAACAACACAUCCGGAACGAAAACCACCAGUACCACCACCUCAACACCAGCAGCACACGGUUCAACGAGUCAUUGAGCAUAAGGAGGACGUGGCGGUUACGUUGCCAACCGCAUGUGCACCGUCCUCGUGUUCAUCACCGGAUGGGGAUAGUGCCUUCGGUGAUGCGUCAUCCACAGAAUCGGCACGAUGUCGCAAUUCGGCAUUUUCCAGUAAUGAUAGUUGUCGUGACUCGCUGCAUACACCUAGCCCUACACAGAUUUCUCCACGAUCUACCGAAUUAACGGCCGAGGAAUUGAAAGCGGCGAAGAUUAAGCAGGCAUUGGAGAAGAUGCGUGAGGCGAAGAUCACUCGAAUAUUUGUGAAAUUUUUCGUGGAGGACGGCGCUCCGCUUCAAAUGCUUGUCGACGAACGAUGGACUGUGGCUGAUACGAUGCAACAACUUGCCGACAAGCACCAUAUUACACUUUGCGAGGAUCAUUGUAUUGUUGAGGAGUUUCCUGAUUUAUAUAUACGUAGAAUCUACGAAGAUCAUGAAAAUUUGGUCGAAAAUAUUCAGCUGUGGGUCCAGGAUUCACCGAACAAAUUGCAUUUUAUUCGACGUCCAGACAAAUAUCCGUUCAUUGAUCGUCCAGAGUUGUAUCUUGUAACGGAGAAGACCGCUGAUUUGGAAGUACCAGCGGGCGACAACUGGACCAGAGAAGUAAAAACGCAGUUUGUUCAGGAUUUCUUCACACGCGAAACCGUAUCACCGCCUGAAAUGGAAGGUUUUCUGCACCUGAAAUCUGAUGGUAGGAAGAGCUGGAAGAAGCACUAUUUUGUGUUACGACCCAGCGGACUUUACUACGCCCCGAAAGGAAAGAAAUCCUCCAAAGACUUGCAAUGUCUAAUGAACUUACAUUCGAAUCAAGUAUACACUGGCAUCAAUUGGGUGAAGAAAUACAAGUCUCCGACGGAAUGGUGCAUUGCGAUCAAGUUAACUGCACUACAAAUGAAGCGCUCACAGUAUAUCAAAUACAUCUGUGCCGAUGAUGAAGCAUCAUUCAGACGAUGGUUGGUGGGUCUGCGAAUCGCUAAGAAUGGUGCAGACCUUAUGAGCAACUAUGCACGAGCGUGUGAACGUCGACGAGAGGCGCUUUCUGCGCAGCCCGUGUGCGUUCCACCACCUCGAGUUGCUUCGUCUGUUUCUCAGCAGCCGAUCAACGUUAAUGUACGUGAACACGGACCCACAUCAUCCUGCUCAUCAAGUCGACAUGACUUAGGGUCGAACUGUUCGGACCACGUUGGAAAGCCUUCUGCCCUACAUUCCCCGUCUCAAACAAGUCGCUUGAGUGCCGUUUCGAGUGAUCGAUGUGUGAGCGUUGCUAAUUCUACAGCGAUAGUCUUUCACGAAUACGAUGAACAGCCGACCGGUACCAUUAAACGCGCCCCGCUGGACGUACUGAGACGAGUGAGCCAUUCAUCUUCUUCGAAUGGGACUUCGCAGUCAGCAGUUGUAGGAACACCUGAUGACGAAGAUUCAGACGAGGAAUUCCCUGCUCCACCUCCAGUAUUUAGCCGGACGUCAACACCUAGUCAAGCUGAAGUUGCUCGCGUAGCACCAGCUGCUCCACCCAAACCCAUUCGGCAAUCAGUAAUAUCACCGAAUGUAUCGCCGAUGAAACAACCGCCUCCACAGUGUGUUUCUCCGCCACAAAUGUUCAGCCCACCCCCACAGCCAGGCACACCCACUCCAAAGAAAGCGCCUCCUCCACCACCGAAGCGUUCUGAUGCGACUCGGAUCCAUACAGCGCCGCCGACACCACAUAUGAGUGAUCUUGAGGCUGCUUUGGCGAGGAGACGUGAGAAAAUUGCGCAGAGUUGA